CAAAAGACAGUGUUUAUUGAGUGUGCGUCUGCUAGUAAAUAUUUCUGUCAAAAUUAUUUCAUAUUUCAAUUCGAUCGAAUUUCCAAGAAAAUAAUACAAAGACGACAGUCACAAUGCCUGAAAAUGAUUCAGACAAUGUGCGGGUUUGUGUUCGAUGUCGUCCCAUGAAUGAGAAAGAAAAAGAGCAGGGAUGUAUUCAAGUAGUGAAUGUUGACACAGUAAGAAAGAACGUAACAGUCAACCACAAAGAGAGCAGCAGAGGGGAACCUCCUAAGACCUACUCCUUUGACAAUGUCUAUGCACCAGAUGCCAAGCAGGUGGACAUAUACAAUGAGACGGCGAGGCCAAUUGUGGACUUUGUCCUGGAGGGAUACAAUGGUACAAUAUUUGCAUAUGGACAGACUGGUACCGGAAAAACAUUUACAAUGGAAGGUGUGCGGGCAGUACCAGAACUCAGAGGGGUUAUACCCAACUCAUUUGCUCACAUCUUUGGUCACAUUGCAAAGGCUGAAGGAGAUGCAAGGUUUCUGGUCAGGGUGUCUUACUUGGAGAUCUACAAUGAAGAUGUCCGAGAUCUUCUAGGGAAAGAUCAGAAUCAGAGAUUAGAGGUGAAAGAGCGACCUGACAUAGGAGUGUAUGUGAAAGAUCUAUCCUCUUUUGUGGUCAACAAUGCAGAUGAUAUGGACAGAAUCAUGACACUUGGAAACAAAAACAGAAUGACAGGGGCCACAAACAUGAAUCUGCACAGCUCCAGGUCUCAUGCCAUAUUCACAGUCACCAUUGAAUGCAGCGACAAGGGUCUGGAUGGUGAACAGCAUAUCAGAGCGGGAAAACUACAUCUUGUUGAUCUGGCUGGCUCAGAACGCCAGGCCAAGACUGGUGCCACAGGUCAGCGACUGAAGGAAGCCACCAAAAUCAAUCUGUCCCUAUCCACUCUGGGUAAUGUCAUCUCGGCUCUAGUGGACGGGAAGAGCAGCCACAUUCCGUACAGGAACUCCAAACUGACCAGGCUGCUGCAGGAUUCCCUCGGGGGCAACUCAAAAACUACCAUGAUUGCAAAUGUGGGUCCGGCUGAUUACAACUAUGAUGAGACAAUAAGCACGCUGCGUUACGCCAACCGUGCCAAGAACAUCCAGAACAAGGCAAAGAUCAAUGAAGACCCCAAGGAUGCCCUCUUGAGGCAGUUCCAGAAAGAAAUUGAAGAACUUAGAAAGCAGCUUGAAGAUGGAGUCACUGAUGAUGAGGGAUCUGAGGAAAGUGAGGAAGAAGUCAUGGAAAAUGGGGUCAAAGUUCGCAGAAAGAAGAAGAAAACAAAGAAAGCCCACAUUAGCAAGGAGAAGAUGUUAGAGAUACAGUCAAAGAUUGAUGCGGAUAGACGUAAGCUGCUGGAACAGAAAGACAUGGCAGAGGAGGAAAAGAACAAGGUUCAGGAGGAUCUAGAACUGAAGGAAGCAGAGCUGAAGAAAUACCAGGAUGAGCAGGAUGCACUGGCCCAGAAGCUGGCAGCCAUUGAGAAGAAGAUCAUUGUGGGAGGUGAGAACCUGCUGGAGAAGGCAGAGGAGCAGGAGCGGCUGCUUGAGGAGAGCGCUGUAGAGCUGGCAGACAGGAAGGCCAAGGAGGAGAAACUCAGGAAACAACUGGAGGAGAAGGAGCAAGAACGACUCGACAUUGAGGAGAAAUAUUCAAGUCUCCAAGAAGAAAUUGCAGGAAAGACAAAGAAACUAAAGAAGGUGUGGACCAUGCUGAUGCAAGCAAAAUCUGAGAUUGCAGAUUUACAGCAGGAGCAUCAGAGGGAGAUGGAGGGACUCCUGGAGAAUGUGCGACAGCUGUCUCGGGAUCUGAAGCUGCAGAUAAUGGUUAUUAACAACUUUAUUCCUCCUGAAUAUCAGGAGAUGAUUGAGCAGCAUGUGGCGUGGAAUGAAGACAUCGGUGAGUGGCAGCUGCGAUGUGUGGCAUACACGGGAAACAACAUGAGGAAGCAGACACCACAGCCCGAAAAGGAAAAAGAUAAGCGUAAUGAGCCGGACCUCUCAAGUGUGUACCUGGCAUAUACCGCUGAAGGCGCCCAGCAGGCCUUGAAACAGAAAGCAGGCAAAUCCAGCAGGCCAAAAUCCAGCAGACCGAAAUCUUCCAGACCAAAAUCGUCUAAAAAAAAACGCAAGGAUGCAGACAUUGACAACAUACUGCAGUGACUCUACAGGGCGGCCCUGGCUCUGCUAUUCCUGGAUAUCUAUCUGUACAUCUGCUGUCAGCACAUCUCGUACCUUAUUGACCAAUCAUCUUUAGACUUCUCUCCGGUCACAGUUGGAACUUCUGGGGACCACAAAACAAUCUGGCAUCUUCAUUCGCCUCUUUUAAAUCUUGGCUAUUUUGCAAACAUUUUUUCUGUUGGGCUUUCACAUUUUGUGCGCAGGGUCUUUGUUUUUAUUGCUACAAUUGUUAUAUUUAUCGUGUGGCUUGUCACGUGUUAUGUUCUAAAUGUUUUGCUGUACUGAAUCUCUUUUUUUGAAAUUUUUAUGUAGAGUGUGAAUUGACAUUCAAAUGAAUAUAGCCCAUGCCCUGACUGAAGGAUGCAUCAAAGACUUGUUUAUGUUCAGACUAGAGUAUCUUUAAAGUAAGAAUAUUCUUUACAGAUUAAUUAAUUUGUGAAAUGUUAAAAUAACAUAGUUAGCUCAACAUCAAGGGUCAAAUAAAAACAAUAUUAAUGUCAAACCUUCAUGUGGAAAGCAUGAUACAACAGUCACAAUGGUCAAUUGCUUGGGUGGUGUGUGUACAAGCAUGAUACAACAGUCACAAUGGUCAAUUGCUUGGGUGGUGUGUGUACAAUGAUACAACAGUCACAAUGGUCAAUUGCUUGGGUGGUGUGUGUACAAUGAUACAACAGUCACAAUGGUCAAUUGCUUGGGUGGUGUGUGUACAAUGAUACAACAGUCACAAUGGUCAAUUGCUUGGGUGGUGUGUGUACAAUGAUACAACAGUCACAAUGGUCCAUUGCUUGGGUGGUGUGUGUACAAGCAUGAUACAACAGUCACAAUGGUCAAUUGCUUGGGUGGUGUGUGUACAAUGAUGCAACAGUCACAAUGGUCAAUUGCUUGGGUGGUGUGUGUACAAGCAUGAUACAACAGUCACAAUGGUCAAUUGCUUGGGUGGUGUGUGUACAAUGAUACAACAGUCACAAUGGUCAAUUGCUUGGGUAGUGUGUGUACAAGCAUGAUACAUGAUACAACAGUCACAAUGGUCAAUUGCUUGGGUGGUGUGUGUACAAGCAUGAUACAACAGUCACAAUGGUCAAUUGCUUGGGAUGUGUGUGUACAAGCAUGAUACAACAGUCACAAUGGUCAAUUGCUUGGGUGGUGUGUGUACAAGCAUGAUACAACAGUCACAAUGGUCAAUUGCUUGCGUGGUGUGUGUACAAGCAUGAUACAACAGUCACAAUGGUCAAUUGCUUGGGUGGUGUGUGUACAAGCAUGAUACAACAGUCACAAUGGUCAAUUGCUUGGGUGGUGUGUGUACAAGCAUGAUACAACAGCCACAAUGGUCAAUUGCUUGGGUGGUGUGUGUACAAGCAUGAUACAACAGUCACAAUGGUCAAUUGCUUGGGUGGUGUGUGUACAAGCAUGAUACAACAGUCACAAUGGUCAAUUGCUUGGGUGGUGUGUGUACAAGCAUGAUACAUGAUACAACAGUCACAAUGGUCAAUUGCUUGGGUGGUGUGUGUACAAGCAUGAUACAACAGUCACAAUGGUCAAUUGCUUGGGUAGUGUGUGUACAAGCAUGAUACAUGAUACAACAGUCACAAUGGUCAAUUGCUUGGGUGGUGUGUGUACAAGCAUGAUACAACAGUCACAAUGGUCAAUUGCUUGGGUGGUGUGUGUACAAGCAUGAUACAACAGUCACAAUGGUCAAUUGCUUGGGUGGUGUGUGUACAAGCAUGAUACAACAGUCACAAUGGUCAAUUGCUUGGGUGGUGUGUGUACAACUGACCAUUUGCAGACUGCUACUUUGUCAUUCAUCAUGCAAUUUUACACUUAUUGCACCUGAUUCUCUACAGCAAAUGCCAAAGUCACAUAUAGAGGUCAAAGGUCAAAUUAGGCCAUAUAGCUACUUGUCAGGGGUAACUUUGGCAUUCGUCAUAUUCAAUGUUAAAAUAACUUGCCACAAAUGACCACUACAAGGUGUGUUUUGUGUAACAUUCGUCUCCCUAAUUUAAAGGUCAAGGUCACACUUAGUGUUUGAAAGACAUAUUUCGCCAUAGCAGCAUGUCCGGACUGUAACUUUGUCAUUCCUCAUGAACAUUUGAAAAUAAACUACCACUAAUGUCCUCCAUGAGAAGUCAAAGUGUGUUGCUUUAAAUCCAUUUCCCUUUCUUAAACGUCAUGGUCAAACAUAAACAUCAAACUUAAAAUGUGGCCCUAGGAACAGCUUGUCCGGACUGUUAUCAUUCAUCAUGAAAUUUUAAGAUAAUUUGCCUCAAAUGUAAACCUUGUUUUUUAGGUUGAAGUUAUGGGCCUUGGACUUAGACAUUGUCCUUUUUUCAGAGUUAUGAAACGCUUUCAGAUAUUUAGCUGCUUUUUGGUAUGUGAGUCUACCUACAUGACUUACAGAUGAAGUGUGAGUUUCGUUCUGGUACAUUGAUUUUUGGCAAAGCUAUGGGCCUUCAACUUAGAAAAUUUCUCAAUAAUAACCCAAAUAUAAUAAUGUCCCAGAGGUUUUUUUUAAGAAACACCCUCAGAUAGCUGCUUUCUGGUAUGUUUGUCUACCUACAUUACUUAGAUGAAGUGUGAAUUUCAUUCCGGUCCAUUGAUUUUUGUGCGAUGUUAUGUGCCUUGGACUUCAAAACGCAGGAGAGAGCAUUGUGUUUCAUAACGCAUGUCUUGUUUAUUUAAUGAUGAUGUAUUAUCCUUAAGCCAACGAUCCAUCAACAAAAAUUUAAUAUAUUGUGAUAAAGUGGUAUUUUAAACAGUUUCAGUUAUGUGAAAGGCGAUGAAGGUUGUGAUUUUUUUAGAAGUUUUCUUAUUUAUGUAACAUGUUUCUAACAGUGUGUCAUUUAUUAUACGCCUGUUUAAAAACGGGGCUUAUUAUGAGAACACAUCGGCAUGCAGCUUCGUGACAAUGUGUCUACUUAAUAAGUCUAAACAGUUUAAACCGGAUCAUCCUGAAACUUAGUAAUUAUUUUUGUUAAUUAGUUAUGAGUGCUGGGACACUCUGGGUCCUCACAUAAUCCAGCCUCAGGAGCAGAGGGACCUCAUAAACUUCAAAAUACUCACAUACGCCGAUCUUUUAACGAGCUUAUUUCGUAUGUGAAGUUGGAAAUCUUGUGUUGUUUAUGUGACUUGUAGAAAAAAAUUGUAUUUAUAUAUUUUGUCAUUAAUCCGUCCUGUGAACAUUUAUUUCUUUUUGUUUACAUAUCAUUGUUGUUACGUGUUCUUGUUCUCUAUUUGCCAUGCUGAUUCAUGCAUAAUCAUUUGGAAAUUUAAUUUACAGAAAAAUGUCAAUAUCAAUUCACAUUUUAAUAAAAAAUUAUUUAACAGAAUGAAAAAAUCGUUUAUCUAAUCAAGUUUUGAUAAUGUGCAA